CUUUUUCCGCUCCAUCUGUACUUGUAAGCGUAUAGUUUGCUCCGGCGGCCAGUGUCUCUGACAACCCUUCAGCGCUCAAGUACGCGGUGUCCGCAGCCCCCCGUGGGAUAUGCGCAGGAGAUCGGAUAAAAAUCAGAUUUUACGUCGCAGGAUUUACAUUUCGGGGAAACUAGUGAGCAGGUUACGGAGGUACAUUUCUGCAGUUCCGACAGUUCUGAUGACGUUUUGGUCAGAGAUGCCGUUAGUCUGUCAUCCUGUAGCAGUGUAGAGCGGUGGAGACCCCACACGGAUCAUGGCCGGAAGGAUGUGAGAGUGCUGAUGGGAUGUCUGCAGUGUGGAAUCAGGCAGGUGGUUUGUUUAUCUGUGGGGUGAUGAUUGGCGGCUGGAUGGGCAAGGCCAUCUCAAAAUGUCUUUAAUGAGAUCUCUGUUGCAGAUUUAAUGUAAUGCAUAUCAGUGUUUUUUCGCUAUCAGAAAAUGGUUGCCAUCUUACAUUUUUUCGGGGAUGGGUCCCUCUCACAGUGUUUUUAAUAUUAAUUUCAUUUAUUCAUUUUUUUCUUGUUCUGUCUUUGAACAUACAUGUGAAGUACAACAGGAGUCUCCGUCUUCAGACAGCAGUUACUGUCACCUCAGACAGGAGUCUCCGUCCUCUGGCAAGACUCUUUGUCCUCAGACAGGACUCUCUGUCCUCUGGCUAAAUGGCUACUGAGGAAUGUGCUGGUGCAGAUGCCCGAUCCAGGGGCCUCUCUCGGCAGAACUCGGGUUUGGUCAGCUCGUGGGAGUUUGAUCCAGCCCUGAUGAUACGGGUGCUGAAGUUUGUGGAGAAGCUGGAGGAGCAGUACAUGUGCCCCAGCUGUGGGCGCGUGGUGCUGAACCCACACCAGACUGGAUGUGGGCAUAUCUUCUGCUACCAGUGCAUCCGAGCCUUUCUGGAAGGGGGCGCCACUCCUACAUGCCCCAUUGACAACAGUGUCAUUAAAGCCAGUGAGGUUUUUCAAGAUAAUUGUUGCAAAAGGGAGAUUUCAAACUUAGAAAUCUACUGCAGCAACUCUCCAAGCUGCUCGCAAAAAGUGACUUUAUGUCGUUUGCAGGAUCACCUGAAGAUCUGUCCAUUCGAAUCGCUCCAGUGCGCCAACUCGGGAUGCCCGGACGUCUUAUUGCGCAAGGACAUGGAGAAGCACCUGAGCAGCAAAUGCGCCUAUCGCAUGGAGCCGUGUCCACACUGCCAGAAGCAUUACAGGCUGAUCCAGCUGAUGGACCACGAAAGCACCAUCUGCCCAGAGGUGAAGGUUCAGUGCCCUAACAACUGUCAGCAGAAGAUUAAAAGGCAUAAGCUUGAAGAUCAUUAUCACGAGUGUCCUGAAGUGGUGACGGACUGCAUCUAUAAGAAAUAUGGCUGCUGCGUUAGGGAGAAGCGUGUGAAGGUUCAGGUUCACGAGGAUGCUGCUCUCAAUGACCACCUGCUGCUUGUUCUUGAGAGCAACACCAAGCUGGAGAAACAGAUCGAUGACCUGCAGCAGAACCUAGUGUUGAAGCACCAUGAGUUCCAGGAGAGGACCAACUUAGUCAGCAGCCUGGAGAGGGAGUUCAAACCACUGGCACAGCAAAUGACGAGGAGCGACCACAUGCUAUCUACCCUGCAGAGGUCCCUCGAAGAGCAGAAGGACCGGGUCUCUGCCAUUCAGCUCCAACUCCAGCAGCUCACCCAGGCUUUUAGCCAGGACUCAGGCCGCACGGAGCUGGCCCAACUUAGGUGCUCGCUGGACAACCUGAAACAGCAGGUGUCAGUCAUUGAAGGGCUCAAGGAACGGCUGGUCAUUCUCGAGGACAACUACAUGCGUCACACGAGGCUGCUGAACAUCCACGUGGACCAGCUGCGGCGCAACGAAGAGCGCUUCCAUGAGCUGGAGUCCACCUCAUACAACGGGAAGCUCAUCUGGAAGAUUCGCGACUACCAGAAGAAGAAGAAGGAGACCGCGGCAGAGGGCCGCGCCGUCUUCAGCUCCCCCUUCUACACCAGCCGCAGCGGCUACAAGCUGAGUGCCCGUGCCUACCUCAACGGGGACGGCUCCGGCCGGGGUACCCAUCUGUCCCUCUACGUGGUGCUGAUGCGGGGUGAUUUUGACGCCCUCCUGCCCUGGCCAUUCCAGCAGUCCGUGGCCCUCACGGUGAUGGACCAGAGCGGCAGCCGCAAGGACGUCACCACGGUCUUCAAGCCCGACCCGACCAGCAGCAGCUUCCACAGGCCCACGUCAGACACGAACGUGGCCACUGGAUUUCCCAGCUUCAUCUCCCACACUGUGCUGGAGGCCCCCAAGGAUGCGGUGUUUGUGAAGGACGACACACUCUUCAUCAAAGUCAAGGUGGACACAACCGGCCUGGAGGACCUUUAGCUCUUAGGGCCGAAGAUACACCCUUGUGAAAAUUCAUUGAAACAAGUAGGAUUUAAUAUUUUAUUCAGAAAAGCCAACAAUAUGCGUUCAUUAGUCGCCUUUCAGUGGGUUGGGGUUACCUUAUCAUAUGUAGGAAAUUUCUAGUGGCGCAACUAUCCCACUUCUUCAGUGUAGAUUACGAUCCAGAUACCAGAAUCGAGGGUAUCAUCCAACACCAGGACUCUGUUUUUGAACUAGUAAAUACAAAUGAAAAAAUAAGGCUUUGUCAAUUAGGUUGCUAGAAUCAUACAUAACGUACUCUUCCACCUCGUUUGUACAUCUUGUUUUAAGCGUUCUUGAGGCAUUUAGAGUUCGAUAUGAAUAUCUUCCCGGAGAGGAUACGCAAGUGGCGAAUGCUUAAAAUGCCUCACAAUUUUUCUCCCACUGGCGACGAUGUGACUUACACUUCGCUGGCAUUGCAGCCCCUCAUGUAUCACAAGUUGCAGUGAGUAUGCAAAACAGCCCAAACUAGCAACUGCCAAAUCAUCAAUUGAUUUUCAUCGUCUUGCACAAUUGCGUGCGCUUUGUUUAGUGGAAAUUUCCACUAAGUGCUACUCCCACUUCUCAAAAGUUUGUUUUUACAAAGAUUGCAAAUCUCCGUGCUACUAGUUGUUGUUAAAAGCGUAAAAUACUUCCUGAUCGUCACCCUCUUAUCUGAUGUUCUUACGCUCCUCCUACUGCAAGGGGUCUGCAAUGUAACAGCAGGUCGCUGCGCUCACACCCACUGAGACGCAGAAAAAUUGAUGGCAGCCUUAGCGUUCAGCUUUAAUGGCACAAAAACACAUCUAAAAUGGGAAAGAGCUGUUGUGCGAUUUAUUGUACAAAUCAAUUUAACAAGAAAUAGGAGCCAUCUUUUUACAGACUGCCGAAAACUAAAUAAGUAAGUAAUGGAAGUGGAUCGGUUGCAUAUGUCCGAUACCCGAUCUGUAUAAUCAGCAUGGAUAUCUUUCAGCAUGAUUUAGCCCUGUGCCAUAUGUAAAAAAUGGUGAGGAAUUUCAUCAAGAAAAUCAAGGUAAAUAGACUGGCCUGGAAACUCUCUGGAUUUAAACCCUAUAGAGAAUGUGAGGUCAGUCGGUAAGCAGGGCCUUCGGGGAAUGAACUGUACCCCAAAAGGACCCCAAGAGCAUCAAAGACGGCUCAAAGUCAUUGUAUUCUAUGCCAAGACACAUCCAAAUGCUGCUAAACAACCAUGGGGGUCAUCCCAUCCAUCCAUUGUCCAAACCGCUAUCCUACUGGGUCGCGGGGGGUCCGGAGCCUAUCCCGGAAGCAAUGGGCACGAGGCUGGGAACAACCCAGGAUGGGGGGCCAGCCCAUCACAGGGCACACUCACACACCAUUCACUCACACAUACACACAUACAGGCAAUUUUAGUAAUUCCAAUUAGCCUCAGCAUGUUUUUGGACUGUGGGGGGAAACCGGAGUACCCGGAGGAAACCCCACGAUGACAUGGGGAGAACAUGCAAACUCCACACACAUGUGACCCAGGCGGAAACUCGAACCCGGGUCCCAGAGGUGUGAGGCAACAGUGCUAACCACUGCACCACCAUGCGGCCCCCCAUGGGGGUCAUAUUAUACAUUAAAAUGUUGAUAUGUUGAACUUGUUUCCAUUAAUUUACACAAGGGUUUGCUUUGCUUGCAAAUCAGGAAACUGGGACAGUAAGAAUUGAGGCCAGUGACGUAAUGGGAACUGUUGUGGCCUCGUAUCGCCAAGCUAUUUGAUCCAGCCCACGGAACUUGCAAGCAGUCCCCAUGUUUGCAAGGCUUUCCAAUGCAUACUUCAGCUUAGGGUUCAGCCGAUAUUUGAAUUCGCUUUAUCGAUUAUUGUCGAAAAAAAAAUCAAGAUUACGGAUAAUCUCUAAACACAUGAUCAUGAAUGACAUGUUUAUAUAGCUUAUUUUGCAUUUUCGUUUACAAGAAAUACAUAGGUAAUGUUGUUUGUUAAUAAUGCCCUUAAAGCAGUGCUCUAGAGCCUGUAAUUUCUAAUAUUUGUUUGACACAUAUUUCGAAAAUGUUAGUUUCUAUGUCGCUGUGGAGAGAGCUUUGCAGUCUAAUGCACAUGAAAGCCCUUUUUGUCAUGUUUGCAACUCAUGACACAAAUGCGAAAACUACUCAAGAGCCAAUUACAGUGUUCUACUCACCUUCUAUUUUCCACAUUUGUGGCAGGAAGUGUUGCCCAGAUAAACAACGUUGCUGAGCAUUUCUUAAUUCUGAUAACAUUUUCCAUGCUGUGAAUUUUACUCAUUUGAAGCUUUGUAUUUUAGUGUGUUUCUAUGUGAAAAAAAUACAUCAUCUGAGAUUGAUGCAUUGUAUGGUGUACAUUUAAGUUAGUUACAGUAUUUACAUCUCAGGCUUUCAGAAUCAACAGGCCAUCAUAGUGUCACAUGACACAUCAUGACAUGAUAUUUUUAGGCAGCAUGUCUUUUCUGAAUGAUGUCAUUUUACAUUUGGUUAAAGCAAUGAGCUGGAGCUCAGUUAUGUAAUUGUACAUUUCUUUCAGCAAUAACUUGUAAACAUGUAAACAACUUUGGAUAAAAUGUCAUCAUUUAUGCAUUUCAUAUAUUUACCAUCAUAUAACCAUUCUAUAUGAUUUGUAUAAUAGAAAUAUUGAUAAUUUAUUUUUGAUACAUCAGCAUAAUAAAUUCUGGAAUUAUUUAUUGCUGCUCUAGAAGGCUGGAUUGUAUGUCUUGCAUUUCAAAGCCAGUCCACUCUUUCUCAACACUCAGAACUUGGGCUAAAAAGUAUUAUUUUGAAUAAUUCUUUAAUAUCAUUUAUUUAUUUUUUUGCUUGACAAAUUUUAGAGCCCCCUCACCCACCUCACCUUGUUGGCAGGUUUACAAAUUGUUCGUGUACGUGUUUUCCUCCUCUCCCAUUUUUGUUUGCUCUCACGUUUACUUUACCAGCAUUGCACUAUUUUCUGUGAAAUAAAUUUGCUUUGAAAUUUAA